GUCCGGUCCUCAGGCGAAGCAAAGACGCUCCUGGUUAAUGGCGAGGAAGCAAGUUUCGUAAUAAGCAACCCCUCACCCACAAAACCCUAAAACACACAACUACUUCAAAUCAAAAGGAGAUUCGUUUUCCAGAUUGAUUCAUUUCUAAAGCUCAAAACUUUGUACUUCGAUUUUCGAAAGUUUCGAACUUUUAUUUUUUCUGGGAUGUCUCCGGCGGCGGCGGCAGUAGAGAUUGGGUCUCCUCCUGUUGAAAAGGUCUCUCCUUUCUUCAACCCUUCUUCCGACUCUGCAUUUUUCCCGGAGAGUGAUCACCGAAGCAUGGACCCUUCCUCUUCCUUCCAUUUCGGAUUUGAAGCUGGUUCAGGGCAGAAGACGAAGAGCCGGCAAAAGCCGAGGCUUGUCAAAGUGAGGAAGAACGGUAGAAAGGUGAAAGGUUCCUCCUUUUCCGGCGAGACUCCUCCUGGUUUCAAUCCGUUUGCGCAGCCAAGUAAAGGUAGUCUCCAUAUGAAUGGUGAGUCACCUGGGGAUGAUGAUAAAGAUAAGUCUUUUGUUUUUGGGGCUUAUGGGAACGGUUCUGAUGUAAAAGCUACUACAACUCCAGGUAAUGCCGCAGUAACUCCAGUGUCUGAUGAGGAGGAAUUUAGCACACCUGUAGGUGACUUUGUCUUUGGUUCGGAGUCCACACCGUGUAGUGAAAGCAGACGUUCAGAUGCGGAGAGUGGUAAAACUGGAAGAGAAGCUUGUCCUAAUACUUGUAGAAAGCCUGACAGUGCGCAAAAUGGUGAUGGUGAUGGUGAAACUAGAGAUGAUGAUUCUGAAGUGAACCUGCAUGCUGAGAUGAUGAAGAAGCUUAACAUCAGUGAGGGAGCAAGGGAAUAUAGUAACGCGCCUCCUGCAUUUAUCUUUGGCAGCUCUGGUAAAGGUAAUGCUGAAUGUAAAGGCGCGGCAGCAGCAUCAAGGCCAUGUUCUUUCAGUUCCAAUGGUUUUCGCCAAAGUGAUAGUGCAGCUGAUAAUCAAAUACCAGCUUUUCAUCCGGAUACUAUCCACGUAAACAACUUAACAAGCACUACCUUUGGCGACUUCAAAGUACCAUUGUGUGAUCCUUCUUCGCUUAAGAGCAGUCUGUUUCCGGAAAUGGGCAGAACUCCAGUACAUGUGAGAAGUAAGCGUUCAUCCAAGGACCAGAGAUCAAACAAAGUCAAGGGAAAAAAGAAACAGCAUGAGCCGAAUCUAUGCAAGGAUCAGGCUUCUAAGGGUAAUGAGUCUCAAGAAAAGCUCAGCUCCCCUGGAUACUCCUCACCCAUGGAUUUUUCUCCUUAUGAAGGCGAGAAAUCAAGCAAUCAGUUUCCUACAGAAACUCCUCUUCAUCCUUCACAUUGCUCUACCAAUGCCAGGGAUCCAUCUGUCUUCACGGCAGAGGAUCGGAUGCCGCAGUUUUCUUUCUCAGCGUCCACCUCUCAGGGAGAAACAUCAACUAAAAAGCUUCAUGCUGUGAAGAAAUACAGGAGGAAAGUUAAUAACCUUUUUCCCAAAAAGAAUCUCAACACUACCAUGCGAAACAAUCAAGAGAAUCAAGCCAAACAGGAGCCAGCCUCUGCAUCUGUGAUGCCUGGUGAAUGUGAGGUUUGGCGACUAAGGGGAAAUCAAGCCUACAAAAACGGUGAUAUGCGUAAAGCCGAGGAAUGUUACACUCAUGGUAUUAAUUCAUCCUCUUCGUCAAGUGAGAGCUCAGAGUGCUCUGUAAAGCCUCUUGCGCUUUGCUAUGGUAACCGCGCAGCAGCAAGGAUUUCUCUUGGGAGAUUGAGGGAGGCUAUAAGUGACUGUGACAUGGCUGCUUCGCUUGAUCCAACCUACAUUAAAGCAUAUAUGAGAGCUGCAAAUUGCUAUCUUGUGCUGGGGGAACUUGGAUCAGCAGUGCAAUACUUUAAUAAAUGCAUGGAAUCUUCUUCAAGUGUCUGCUUGGAUCGACGAACUACUAUAGAAUCAGCUGAAGGUUUACAACAGGCCCAAAGGGUAGCUGACUAUACGAACAGUGCAUCCAUAUUUUUGGAGAAGAGAACACCUGAUGGCGCAUCUGGCGCAUUGGUUCCAAUAACUAAUGCCUUGUCAAUUAGUUCAUGCUCAGAGAAGCUUCUUCAGAUGAAGGCGGAGGCCAUGUUAAUGAUCCGGCGUUAUAAAGAGGUGAUAGAGCUUUGUGAGAAUACCCUUCAGACAGCUGAGAGGAAUUUUGUCUCACCAGGGCCUGAUGGCAUAGGGUCUAAGCAUCACUCACUAAUGGUUUGGAGAUGGAACAUGGUUUCCAAGUCGCACUUCUACUUGGGAAACCUUGAGAUGUCUCUUGAUACAUUGGAAAAGCUGCAGCAAGUGGGAUCUAGCCGCAAUGAGAAUCAGGAAGAGUGUCGUGACUCACCAGCUUCUUUAGUGGCCACCAUAUCUGAACUUUUACGUUACAAGAACGCUGGUAAUGAAGCUGUUCGGGCAGGAAAGUAUCUGGAAGCAGUAGAGCAGUAUACUGCAGCAUUAUCAAGAAACGUUGACUCACGCCCGUUUGCAGCUAUUUGCUUUUGCAAUCGUGCGGCUGCUAAUCAAGCCUUAGUCCAGAUUGCUGAUGCAAUUGCCGACUGUAGUCUUGCCAUGGCUCUUGAUGAGAACUACACAAAGGCAGUUUCCAGGAGAGCCACAUUACAUGAGAUGAUUAGAGAUUAUGAUCAAGCAGCUAGUGAUCUCAAGAGGCUUAUCAGCAUUCUCGUAAAGCAAAAUGGUGAGAAGACAAAAACGUCAGAGACAUCUGCUGAUCGUUCAAUCAUCAGGAAAGAGUUAAAGCAGGCUCGUCAACGGUUGUCUGUGAUGGAAGAAAAAUCUAAAGAGGGCAUUGCUCUUGAUUUCUUCCUCAUCAUGGGAGUGAAGGCAUCUGACACUGCUGCUGAUAUCAAAAAGGCAUACAGGAAAGCAGCUCUUAGGCAUCACCCAGACAAGGCUGCACAGAUUCUUGUCAGAAGCGAAAGCGAAGGACCGUGGCUGAAGGAGAUAUUAGAAGAGGUUCACAAGGGUGCAGAUAGGCUCUUCAAAAUGAUUGGAGAGGCAUAUUCAGUUCUUUCUGACCCAACCAAGAGGUCGGACUAUGAACUUGAGGAAGAAAUUAGGAAAGCAAAGGCAUCUAGAGAAAGCUACAGAAGCAGAAAGGCUGCAGAAGCAAGCACCACCUCUCCAUAUCAGACAAGUCCAGUCAGGCGAUAUUGGAGGCACAGCGAGAGGACAUACAGAAGCUCGUCUCCUUGGUGGUAGAAUUCUAAACUCUUUGGGUGUCACAAGCUAUAUAGUGAUCCACUGGGUUACAGAGAAUUGUUUGUUCCCAAUUUUGAAAAGGGAAAGUGAUGUAACUGAACAAAUGUUUGUUUGCUUUUUACGGAUUGUACCUCAUGUAAAACAUUCAAAACUAUUAAAGAAAUGAAAAAACUUGAUUUGGUGUAACA